AUGUUUCGCUUCCCGCCAAUCCAAACACCAAUCGACAUAUUGUUGGGGAAGGAAGACUGUACACUCGAGAAACUUUUGAAUGAAGAGGACUUCCCUACGGAGAUCCGGAAGAAUAACGAACUCAUCGACUUCUGCGUCGAACCAGAUAACAUUAAAAAAUUCUUGCAAUACACCACCUUCGAUAUCACCCCAACCGACGACAAAACACUUUUCGAUAAAUAUCACUCCAUCUGCAUCUCUCUUUUCUGCGAAGAACCGUCUCAUAUCAUCGAUGUCAUUGGAACAAAUGAGGAGUUAAUUAAAUACGUGUUUUCUGCAGUACAAUCGACUAAUGAGAAAAGAAUGAGCGCAGGUGGGUUGGUCCUUACCGCUAUCAUCCAAGUCCCUAACUCAUUGGUCUACGAAUUGUUCACAGCAGACGAUUCAAUGUUAAAGACUAUUACUAGUCACUUGGAACUCGACGGAUUUUUGGAGUCGAUAUUACAGUUGAUGAAACUCGAAGACCAAGGAAAGGAAGGAUGCAUCGAGUGGAUUUGCAAAAGAGGAUUCAUCCCAACUUUACUCAAAACGUUGAUGGGGACAACAUCCCUCGACAUGAUCGGAAAUAUUUCCAUCUUCAUCCACAACGUCGUCAUGUGGAAAGUCUCAAACGACACAUCUCAUGCCUUCCAGUUCAUCACACUCCUUAACAACGACCCCAUCCUCCCCGACUUCGUGAAGUCGAUUUUCGAAAGCCCGGAUGAUAUGUAUAUGGGACACUGCUUCAGAAUUGUUAGUAAUGUACUUGCUUGCAGCACUAUAUUGACAUACACUAACCCAAAUGAACUCCCAGGCAUCUUCAAAUCACUUCUCCCAUUCAUCUCACAGUUCGACCAAGUCUUCCGUAAUAGGAAAGCAGGGAAUAUUCUCAAUAAUUUGGUUUAUAUUGUCCUCUCACUCGUGCUCAGUGGGUUCCAACAAAUCUACGACAAGUUGGCGUCGGAAAACGUAUUGAACGUCAUGAUGGAAACAUUCUACGGCGACCAUUUGUGUACUAUCCUGAGACAGACAAUCCAAAUGACGGUGUUGACCAUUAUAAAUGGGAAUAUCACAAAUAUCAAAACCAAAUUGUUGGACGGCGGGAAAUUGCUGAAAACGUUUGUCGAGAAGGACAAAGAAGGAGAGAAAGAAAAGAGAGAGAAAAAUAUGGGCCCUGACUACUGGCUCAUCGCAGCAAGACUUAUGACCAACAUCCUUCAAGCAGUUGAAGACAAGGAGGAUGAGAACGAAUUUUACAAAACUGUUUUGGACGAUAAGGAGUUUGUGGAGUAUGUCAAGAAUGUUGUGAUACCGCGUGAAGAUGAAACAAGCGAGUACUUUAACAAACAAGAUACCACCGCAGAGGAAUCUGACAUCUCGAACGACUCGCAAAAUUUCCAGAACGACGAAGAGGACAACGGGUUCGUUAACAUCGACGACGAUAUUGACGACGAAAUCGUGGAGAGAAAUUAA